CGUGUCUCUCAGGAAGUGAAGCGGCUGAGAGGACAGCGAUAUGGCACCUCCAGUCCCCGGCCCGGCCUCCGGCGGCUCCGGAGAGGUAGACGAGUUGUUCGACGUGAAGAACGCCUUCUAUAUCGGCAGCUACCAGCAGUGUAUCAACGAGGCGCAGCGGGUGAAGCUGUCAAGUCCAGAGAGGGAUGUGGAAAGGGAUGUUUUCCUGUACAGAGCAUACCUUGCUCAGAGGAAGUACGGCGUGGUCCUGGAUGAGAUCAAGCCCUCCUCGGCCCCCGAGCUCCAGGCCGUGCGCAUGUUUGCUGAAUACCUUGCCAGCGAGAGUCGCAGGGACUCUAUUGUGGCUGAACUAGACCGGGAGAUGAGCAGGAGUGUGGACGUGACCAAUACCACCUUCCUGCUCAUGGCUGCCUCGGUGUACUUCCACGACCAGAACCCAGAUGCAGCUCUGCGCACCCUGCACCAGGGGGACAGCCUGGAAUGCAUGGCCAUGACAGUACAGAUCCUGCUGAAGCUGGACCGCCUGGACCUUGCCCGGAAGGAGCUGAAGAGAAUGCAGGACCAGGAUGAGGAUGCCACCCUCACCCAGCUGGCCACCGCCUGGGUCAACCUGGCUGUGGGUGGCGAGAAGCUGCAGGAUGCCUACUACAUCUUCCAGGAACUGGCGGAUAAGUGCUCAUCUACCCUGCUUCUGCUCAAUGGACAGGCGGCCUGCCACAUGGCCCAGGGCCGGUGGGAGGCAGCUGAGGGUGUCCUGCAGGAAGCACUGGACAAGGACAGCAGCCAUCCAGAGACGCUGGUCAACCUCGUGGUCCUGUCUCAGCACCUGGGCAAACCCCCUGAGGUGACCAAUCGCUACCUGUCACAGCUAAAGGAUGCCCACAGGUCUCACCCCUUCAUCAAGGAGUAUCAGACCAAGGAGAAUGACUUUGACCGCCUGGUGCUGCAGUACGCUCCCAGUGCCUGAGGCCAUCCCCAGAUCAAGUCCUGGACACGGAGACGCAAUGCUGGGGACCGUGCUGUCCUCCUGGAUGGCACCUGCUCCUCAUCCCCUCUUUGGGCCGGAGGUCUGGCCCCUGCAUCCCUUACCUGCCAAUAAACGCCUUUACUCUA